AUGGGUGCAUUUGAUUGGCUUACAGACAGAACCCAUACUGCUGGGCUCAGAGGCAGAAAGUUAAGAGUUUACAUUACUCUUACUGCAGUUACCGGUUUCUCAUUAUUCGGUUAUGAUCAAGGUUUGAUGUCCGGUUUGAUUACCGCUCCCCAGUUCAACGAUGAGUUCCCAGCCACCAAGGGUCACAGUACCAUUCAAGGUGGUGUCACCUCAUGUUACGAAUUAGGUUGUUUCUUCGGUGCCUUGUUUGCCUUGUUCAGAGGUGACAAGAUCGGUAGAAGACCAUUAAUUAUUGUUGGUGCUUUGAUUAUCAUUCUUGGUACCAUUAUUUCUGUUGCUCCAGUCAAGCCACACUGGCCAUUAGGUCAGUUCGUUGUCGGAAGAGUUAUUACUGGUAUUGGUAAUGGUAUGAAUACCGCUACUAUCCCAGUGUGGCAAUCCGAAAUGUCCAGAGCUGAAAACAGAGGUAGAUUGGUCAACAUGGAAGGUGCCGUUGUUGCUGUCGGUACCUUUAUUGCUUACUGGUUGGACUUUGGUUUGUCUUACGUCGACAGUUCUGUUUCAUGGAGAUUACCUGUUGCCGUUCAAAUCUUGUUCGCCUUGUUCUUGCUUAUUGGUAUCUUGAAGUUGCCAGAAUCCCCAAGAUGGUUGAUUGCCCACGACAGAAAGCCAGAAGCUUUCUUGAUUUUGGCUGCUUUGAAGGACUUGGCUCCAGAAGAUGAUGAAAUCAUUGCUGAAGCCACCGUCAUUCAAGAUGCCGUUAACAGAUUCGCCAGAGUUCAACUUUCUAUCAAGGAUGUUUUCUCUGGAGGUAAGUCUCAACACUUCCAAAGAAUUCUUAUCGGUUCAUCAUCCCAAUUUUUCCAACAAUUCACUGGUUGUAACGCCGCUAUUUACUAUUCUACUGUCUUGUUCGAAGAAACUAUCGGUUUAGAAAGAAGAUUGUCUUUGAUUUUGGGUGGUGUAUUCGCUACCAUCUAUGCCCUUGCUACCAUUCCAUCUUUCUUCUUGAUUGACACUUUAGGUAGAAGAAACUUGUUCUUGAUUGGUGCCACUGGUCAAGGUAUUUCUUUCACCAUCACUUUUGCUUGUUUGAUUGACAACACUAAGAACAAUGCUAAGGGUGCCGCUGUCGGUAUCUUCUUGUUCAUUGUCUUCUUUGCCUUCACCAUCUUGCCAUUGCCAUGGAUCUACCCACCUGAAAUUAACCCUAUGAGAACCAGAACCAUUGCUUCAGCUAUCUCCACCUGUACCAACUGGAUCUGUAACUUCGCUGUUGUUAUGUUCACCCCAGUUUUCAUUGCUAACGCCAGAUGGGGUGCCUACUUGUUCUUUGCUGCUGUCAACUACGCCUUUAUUCCUGUUAUUUUCUUCUUCUACCCAGAAACUGCUGGUAGAUCUUUGGAAGAAAUUGACAUCAUUUUCGCUAAGGCUCACAUCGAUGGUAGACAACCUUGGAGAGUCGCUGCUACUAUGCCUAAAUUGUCCAUCAAGGAUAUCGAAGACCAAGGUAACCAAUUGGGUAUCUACGACGACGAUUUCGAAAAGGAGAAAUUUGACACUAACGAAAAUCCUUCUAGCAGCUCCACUAACGAUGCCAAGGAGUCCAAUGAAGGUCCAUUGAUUGGAGAACCCAACAACAAACCAACCGAAGUUUAA